AUGGAGACCCAGUCAAAUAGGCCGCAUAGGGCCCCGAAAGAGAAGAAGAAGCCGCAGAGGGGCGAGCGAAAUGUGAAAGCCUUUGCGGUCGCCAACCCUGGCCGGCUGGCAAAGCAGGCUGUCCGCUCCAGCGACAUCAAGGAAAAGAGACUCCAUGUCCCUCAAGUCGACCGGCUGCCCGAGGAAGCGCCUCCCAUUGUCGUUGCCGUGGUCGGACCUCCGGGUGUGGGAAAGACCACCCUCAUCAAGAGUCUCAUCAAGCGAUACACCAAACAGACCCUCUCCCACCCGAUCGGGCCUCUGACCGUCGUCACCUCGAAGAGACGACGACUGACCUUCCUAGAAUGCCCCUCGGACUCCCUCGCCGCCAUGAUCGACGUUGCUAAGAUUGCUGAUAUUGUGUUGCUCAUGAUUGACGGGAACUAUGGGUUCGAGAUGGAGACAAUGGAGUUUUUGAAUGCCCUCAGCGUGUCCGGUAUGCCUGGUAAUGUCUUCGGCAUCCUCACACACUUGGACUUGUUCAAGAAGCAGAGCACAUUACGGAUGGCGAAAAAGAGGUUAAAACACAGGUUUUGGUCCGAGCUGUACCAAGGUGCAAAACUCUUCUACCUUUCUGGCGUGAUCAAUGGCAGAUACCCAGAUCGAGAAGUCCACAAUCUGUCACGCUUCCUGUCCGUCAUGAAAAAUCCAAGACCUUUGAUCUGGAGGAACAGUCAUCCUUACUGCCUGGCCGACCGGUUCCUUGACGUUACCCCUCCUACCGAAAUUGAGAAGAACGAAAAGUGUGACCGACAAGUCGCACUCUACGGAUACCUGAGAGGCACCAAUUUCCCCGCCGAACAGGCGAGAGUCCACGUGCCUGGAGUGGGAGACUUGACAGUGAAAGAGGUUGAGGCCUUACCGGAUCCAUGUCCGACUCCGUUCCUUGACCAAGCCAUCGCCAAAGCCACGGGGAAGUCCAAGAGACGGAAGUUGGAGGAGAAGCAAAAGGUGUUGUUUGCCCCCAUGUCUGAUGUCGGUGGUGUAUUGGUGGACAAAGAUGCUGUCUACAUCGAAGUCAAGACCAACACUUUCGAUCGUGACGCAGGUGACGGAGAGGAACGAGGUCUUGGAGAGCAGCUUGUGAUGAAUCUCCAAAGUGAACGUAAACUGCUAGGAGAAGUUGAUGCUGGAGUACGGCUCUUUCAGGGUGGUCGCCAACUUACUGGAGGAGACAAUGCAGAGGAUGAUAUGGGCCGAACGGUGAAGCGAGGCAUCCGCUCAUUUGACCAGUCAGGCGAUUUCACCACGCGCCUGGAGGAGGAUGAGGAUGAAGGCUUCGUCAGUGGCGAAGGCGAUUCCGAAGAUGAAGACGCUGACGACGAUAUCACUGAAUUCCCCGAGCAUACCGGUCGACCUGGCAUUGCCAAAGAGGAAGACACCGAUGCGGAGGAAGCUGAUGGCGACCUGAACUUUGCCGAAAGUGAUUCAGAUCUGGGAUCAAUUUCUGGUGAAGACAAUGGUGAACAAGAUCUGUCCGGCGAUGAGGAUGAGAUCGAUGAUGAUGAGGAACAGGAUGACGGUGGGCUUCGAUGGAAAGAGAAUCUCACUGAAAAUGCCAGGAAGUUGCAUGCCAACAAAGUGGCCUUCCGUGCGGCGGACCUCUCCAAGCUGAUGUAUGAUCUGACACUGUCUCCCUCGCAAGUCAUCGCGAAAUGGAAGAGUGAAGAGCAGCCUCAACCAGGCGCCGACGAAGAGGAUGAAGGGGAAGAAGGUGAUGAUGAGGAGGAUAUCUUUUUCAAGCGAGCAAAGACCGAGCAAGAAGCAGAUCUCGAGGACCGUCAGACCCCUUUGUACGACUACAACCGCUUGGUGGAGAAGUGGGAGGACGACGAGAGAAUCGAGGCUCUCAUGCCUCGCUUCACCAGGGCCUCCUUCGCGACUGGGGCCAAUGCAGACACUGACGAUGAAGACGAUGACGGAGGAGCCGAAGACGACGGGGAUGAAACAGACGAAGGAGAUGGCGAGUUCGAAGAUCUUGAAGCCGCCGCAUCGGAAACCGCCGAGGCCCAACAGGAACUGUCCCUUGAAGAGGAACGAGCUAGGAAUGCCAAACGAAAAGAAGAAUUAAGACUACGAUUCGAGGAAGAAGACCGUGAAGGAUUUGCUAAUGCAAAGAGCGAGAUCAAGUCAACAGAGCAGGAGUUUGGGGAGGACGAGUGGUACGAUGCUCAAAAGGCUAUGCUUCAAAAGCAGCUUGAUAUCAACCGUGCCGAAUUCGACAGCCUGGAUCCGGUGUCACGGGCCCGAGCAGAAGGAUUCAAAUCAGGCACAUACGCCAGGAUCGUGUUGGACAAAGUCCCGUACGAGUUCGUCCGAUCGUUCAAUCCGAAAAUGCCCGUCAUCAUCGGCGGGCUGGCUCCGACGGAGGACCGGUUUGGAUUUGUGCAAGUUCGAAUCAAGCGACAUCGCUGGCACAAGAAAAUCCUGAAAACGAACGAUCCUCUCAUCUUCUCGUUGGGUUGGCGGCGCUUUCAGACGUUGCCCCUGUAUUCGAUAUCCGACUCACGGACCCGAAACCGGAUGUUGAAAUACACGCCGGAGCACAUGCAUUGCUUUGGCACAUUCUAUGGGCCGCUUGUGGCUCCCAACACCGGAUUCUGCUGUGUUCAAUCGUUUACGAACGCCAACCCUGGAUUCCGCAUCGCUGCUACAGGAGUGGUGCUCAAUGUGGACGAGACGACGGAGAUUGUCAAGAAGCUCAAGCUGACCGGACAUCCCUACAAAAUCUUCCGCAAUACUGCCUUCAUUCGAGACAUGUUCAGUUCGUCAAUCGAGGUGGCCAAGUUCGAGGGUGCCGGCAUUCGCACGGUGUCUGGGAUCCGCGGCCAGAUCAAGCGGGCCUUGAGUAAACCUGACGGACACUUUCGUGCGACAUUCGAGGACAAGAUCCUCAUGUCUGACAUUGUAUUCCUGCGGGCGUGGUACCCGGUCAAACCCCAUCGGUUCUACAACCCAGUCACCAACUUGUUGGAUGCGCCUGCGAGCAAUGCCGUAGAUGCCACGGACGGGGAAGCACAACAGCUGGCUGAUGGAUCUGAUGGAUGGCAGGCCAUGCGUCUUACUGGCGCUGUUCGCGCCGCCAUGGGCAUACCUACACCGCUGGUCAAAGAUUCCGCCUAUUCAAAGAUUGAACGGCCCACGCGACAUUUCAACCCUCUGAAAGUGCCUCGAGCUCUUGCGGCAGAACUUCCAUUCAAAUCGCAAAUCACACAGCAGAAAGCCCGCAAAGCCCCGACCUAUCUUCAGAAACGGGCAGUUGUGCUAGGCGGCGAGGAGAAGAAAGCUCGAGACUUGAUGCAGAAGCUGCAAACACUGAGGAACGAGAAAGCGGAGAAGCGGGCGAAGAAGCAGGAAGAAAGGCGUGCUGUAUACCGCAAAAAGGUCGCGGAGAAUCUCGAGAAGAAGCACGAGCGAGAGAAGAAGGAGCGAGACGAGUUCUGGAGACGGGAAGGACGGAAGCGGAAGCCUGGAGAGGAGGAUGGUGGUGGUGGUGGUGGUAGAGGGAAACGUUCUAAACGAUGA